AUGGCAGCUCUUGCUGCAGGGGAGGACUCUCACUCUCUACAUUCUAUUGGCCAAGGGGAAGAUGGUUUCACAAAAAGAAAAUCUAUUUCAGUUGCUACUCUAGGACGUUGCUCUUUCAAGAAGCAAGGGGCCCACCAAACUCUGACUUCCACCUCGGUUCUCCUCCCACUAUCAGAUGAUCUCUCACAGAUAGAUAGUGAUGUUGAUGACCUUUGUAUGAUAGCAAAAAGGGCAGUUUCUGAAUCAGACAUACCAGAUCUCCCUCAGAUGCCUUUGAGGUCUUCCAGUGUCCAUUCUAUCUCAACCGCAGCGCCUGAUAGACAUAGCUGGCCCUUAGGAGGUGGUAAUUCUAUUGGCUGGAGAAUGAAAGUUGAAGAUGAUGAGUUUGACGAGGAGGAGGAUUCUGUGACUUUAGAGACUUCCACAAACAGCAGGAAGCGAGGUUCUGAUGAUUCCCUGACCAGUUUAGAGAGGCCUGGCAAGAAGAAGACUGGCUGUGAGGUAGAUGAGGAAGUGAAGAAUCUGUUUAAAGCUUUGGAAGUGGCAUGGGAAUCUGGAGGAGUAGACACAAGUGCCAAAGCUCAGCUGAAUGGUUUUGCGAUGGUUGAACCAGAUCAACUGCCGCUGUUUAAAUGA